ACCAAUCGGGCUAUCGCGCUGCGCCGGUGACGCUACGGAGGGCCGUCCAUCCGCGCGCCUGCAUUCAUAAACGGAUGUGAUAAGUGUUGAAUGUACUGUACAGAGACGAAACUUGGACCAUGGCGGAAGAAGACGACACGAAAAUCCGGAUUUUGCAGAGCCUCCGAGGGAAGAUCUGCGAAGCGAAGAAUCUGGGUCCGAGCUCAGGGCCGAACCGUCUCCGUGACCUCUGCACAUUUUGUACCAUCAGUCUGGAUCAGGAGGAAGUGUACCGCACUAAAGUCUACGAGAAGAGCGUCAGUCCGUUCUUUGGAGAGGACUUCUACUUCGAAAUUCCCCGCCCGUUUCAAUGCCUGUCCUUCUAUGUGUACGCCAAGAGCAUGUUUCAAAGAGAUCUACCUGUAGGAAAAGUAGCCAUCAGGAAGGAAGAUCUAUAUAAGUACAGCGGGAAAGAGAACUGGUUUCAUUUACAGCCCGUGGAUCCACAUUCAGAAGUUCAGGGGAAGGUUCAUUUAGAAAUGAGAUUGAAUGAAUUGAUCACAGAGACGGGAUCUGUUCAGCAGCUUGUGGUUCAGAUAAUUGCAUGUCAAGGUUUGCCAUUAAUAAGCGGACAGAACUGUGAUCCAUACGCCACAGUAACGCUUGUAGGACCCGCCAGGUCUGAUCAGAAAAAAACUAAAGUAAAGAAGAAAACCAGUGACCCUCAGUUUGAAGAGACCUUUCAUUUUGAAGUCACAAGGUCAAGCAGUUACAAGGGAAGAUCACAUUUUCAAGUGGAAGAGGAAGACAUGGAGAAACUAGAGAUCAAGGUUGAGCUAUGGAAUAAUGGUAACUUGGCACAGGACGUGUUUUUAGGGGAGACACGGGUAUCUGUGAAAAUCCUGAGAAUUGACCAUGUGCACAAAGCCUGGUACUUGCUGCAGCCUAAAGGCAACGGUACGAAAUCUAAGCCGGACGAUCUGGGUUCAUUACGUCUGAAUGUAACCUAUACCGAAGACAAUGUCCUGCCCUCUGAAUGCUACACUUCCCUCCGCAACCUAAUGCUCAAAUCUCCAGAUGUCAAGCCCAUCUCGGCGUCGGCAGCUCAUGUAUUGGGAGAUGUUUGCAGGGACAAUGUGGGGUAUGAAGCCCUGCUUCCUGUGGUCAGACUGCUGCUCCAUCACAACAGACUGCUGCCCUUCCUCACGGCUGUAGCGGGCCUGGAGCUGGAGAAUACACAAGAGGCCAACACCAUAUUCAGAGGAAAUUCUCUGGCCACCCGCUGCAUAGAUGACAUGAUGAAGAUUGUGGGCCGAAGUUACUUGACUGUCACUCUCAAACCUGUUCUCAAUGAGAUCUUUGAAUCCAAUAAAACCUGUGAGAUUGACCCCAUUAGAUUAAAAGAGGGUGACAACGUGGAGGUCAAUAAGGAGAACCUUCAGGGCUACGUGCAGAAAGUUUUUACAUCUAUAACACAGUCUAGCUCCAGCUGUCCUCCUUUAAUGUGUGACGUCUUCAGGUCACUACGCCAGCUCGCAUCUAAACGCUUUCCAGCCGAUCCUCAUGUGCAGUACUCGGCCGUCAGUAGUUUUAUAUUUCUGAGGUUUUUCGCAGUGGCCGUUCUCUCUCCACACACGUUCCAGCUGCGCUCUCAUCAUCCUGACCCUGAAAUUUCCCGUACACUAACUCUCAUCUCUAAAACCAUCCAGUCUUUGGGCAGCUGGGGCAGCCUUUCCAAGAACAAACUGUCUAGCUUUAAAGAAACUUAUAUGUACGAUUUCUUCAAGUUAUUCCAAGAAGACGAAUGUAUAGAAAAAGUAAAAAAGUUUUUAGAUGAGAUCUCCUCUAAUGUCUGUAAGGAAUCCAGCGGAGUGGAGGACUCAUUUGUGUUGAAGGAGGGAGAGGUACAUAAACGGGCACAGGGCAGAAAACGGAUAGGAAAGAAGAACUUUAAGAAACGCUGGUUACGCCUGACCAAUCAGGAGCUGUCCUAUCAUAAGCAGAAAGGGAAAGAAGCAUUGUGCACCAUUCCUGUAAAAAACAUCCUCGGUGUGGAGAAACUAGAAGAAAGUGCCUUUAACCGCAAAAACAUGUUUCAGGUAAUCCAUUCAGAAAAGCCUCUAUAUGUUCAGGCGGGGAACUGUGUGGAGGCCAACAGCUGGAUAGAGGUGUUAAGUCAGGUCAGUCGCUGUAACCCGGGCAGACUCAGUGUGUUUCACCCCUCUGCUUAUGUCAAUGCGUCCUGGUUAUGCUGCAAGGAAGCGAACGAGAACGCCCCGGGCUGCAAACCCUGCACAGCGACAGUGUUGGCUAAUAUUCAACUUGACAUCGACUGUGACCGAGAAACGGAGCGAAUCUUUUUCUUCUUCUCAUCUAACCUCUCCAGACUACAGAAGAUGGAGGAUGCCUGUGCCGGUAUGUCUGUCUAUCUUGGGCAACAGAAGGAGCAGGAGGAGUAUUCGGCCUUCACUAUACAGGACCCUAAAGAGACCUUCCGCACCAUUACAGAGCUCAGAGCCGUCCUAGAGGAACUGCAGGCUCAUCACGACUUAAAGGGAGCGCUAACCGAUGAGCCAGGCACUAUUGAGAAUCCUAUAGUGGGAAAGACAGCGUAACACUUUGGCUAUGGGACCAAGUAAUACAGAUACAGCCACACCAGCAGAUGGCGCUGUGUUUGUCAACACGGAGGAGCACCGUCCAGGCAGAACCUCUGAGAACAUUUAGACAACAGGUGCCAGAGUCCACACGUGACUGAAUCCAGUGUCACGGCAUACGUGGAAGAAUUUGGCCAGUCGAGAGUCGAAUGAAGUAUCCGUGAGUCGCUGUCGAUGGGAACAUCUGAGCUCUUUCCUGUGUGUUUGUGUGCAGAGAUAUACAUUAUUUAAGAUUGUUCAGUAACCUCAAGGGUCGGUUCGCACAGCAAGAAACGAUUCUCAGCACCUCUUAUUCAUUCCUAACCAGGCUGUGAAAGUCCAGACAUGGCAAAUUUGUCUGAGAAAUUAUAGCUGCUAAAAUCCUCUAUGAAAGAACUCCACCUUAGAUUUAUUUUCUUUUUCCAUCAGUUAAAGAUUAACUCCGUCAAAGGGAAUAUUCAUAUUUUUAUUCCUAUUGUCAUUAUCCCUUAAUGUCAUUUCCUUUUUUUGUGUGUGUGUGUGUGAUUUUCUGUCUGGUUGAUAAAAAUAAUCUGCCUUAUAAAUUCAGUGGAGGUACGUACAGUCCCACACUUGUGUAUGAAUUAGGGAGUAACUCAGAAGCACUUUAGAUAUUUGGAAAGUUCCAGAUGAGGUUGUUUUAGAUACGUGGUAUCAAUCUUUUUUCCCAAUAUUGAUCAGUUACAUGAUCAGCUCUUGUGUAAUGUUCUGUAGAUAGCGUCGUUCAUAUCCGGUAGAGUUUUACUAGCUAUUUUUCUUACGCCAAAGAAGUUGUUUUGUAGGUUUUCAUGACUUGAAAAGGGUAUACAUGUAGUUUUAUAAUUAUAGAAAUGGAAAAUGAAUAUCUAUAUUUCAUUGAUGUACAUUUUGGGGGCAUCAUACAUUUUGAUAAACCAUGAAGAAAAAUUUUAUUCGUUUUUGUAAGCAUUGUUACCCGUAACUACCGUGACAAACAUUUGGAUAUUUUAUUGUAUGCUGUCUUAAGCUCUGUGCCAAAACCUAGUAAGCCAACCAACAUUUUAAGGCAGGUGCAUCUUUCAAGUUAUUUUGCCACCAUCUAGCCUUUAGUCAAAGAGAAUGCAAUUCCAUAAUACCUUGCAACAAAGUUAAAACAAUUCAAUAUGGUAGACAAAUCAAGUAUAAACAUACUCUUGCUUGACAAAACUUUGCUUAAACCCAUUAACUGGCGCCGUCCUGUGAGCGGGACACCUGAAUUUACAUCAAUAUUUUUCAUGUACAUUUUAGUCUAUCAAAACAAACUAUAUAGCAUUGGAAAGGUCUAAGAAUUAAGUUUCAUAUUUAAAAUAUUUUAUAAUACCAACGCAGUUAUAAUAAUGCAGUGACAGUAAUUUAAUAAUUUGUGACGAGUAUGCAGCAAGCAAACCGUUGACACCUAGUGGCUGUUGUUGGUAAAACCACUAAAACCUUACUUUUUGUGAUCAUUUUAUGUAUAAAAUAAAUACUUUAUUGAAUUAUUUUAAUUUAUUAAAAUAUAAAAAAAAAUAUUUAAUAUUUUCACCUCUAUUUUAUUAAAUAUAAAAUAUAUUUUUUAAUAUUUUCACCUCUAUAUCUAUAU